CAAUCGCCUUCUCUCUCCCCCUUCUUCUUUUUGAAGGCCGCAGCUGCGAUUUCGAGCGAGUUUCUAUCCGUUUGCUGGGAUCCGGUCGGGAUCUGAGAGUUCUUUACGUUGAAGGUGUCCUUUCAUAGCGUUCUGGGCGAGGGAGGGCGAGAGACGGGAUGGAGAAUUUGAUUUCUUUGGUGAAUAAGCUGCAGAGGGCUUGCACUGCCCUCGGAGAUCACGGGGAGGAGAGCGCGCUGCCGACGCUAUGGGAUUCGCUGCCGGCGAUUGCCGUCGUCGGGGGGCAGAGCUCUGGUAAAUCUUCAGUGUUGGAAAGCAUAGUUGGGAAGGACUUCCUGCCUAGAGGUUCAGGGAUUGUUACACGACGUCCACUUGUGCUGCAGCUUCAUAGGAUAGAUGAAGGGAGAGAGUAUGCAGAGUUUAUGCACCUUCCAAGAAAGAGAUUCACAGAUUUUGCCGCUGUGAGGAAGGAGAUCCAAGAUGAAACUGAUAGAGAGACUGGUCGCACCAAGCAAAUUUCUCCAGUUCCAAUUCAUUUGAGUAUAUACUCUCCUAAUGUUGUAAACUUGACUCUUAUUGAUCUUCCUGGACUGACAAAGGUAGCUGUUGAGGGUCAACCUGAAAGCAUUGUGGCUGAUAUUGAGAACAUGGUUCGCUCAUUUAUUGAAAAGCCUAAUUCUAUAAUUCUGGCAAUUUCGCCAGCCAAUCAGGAUCUUGCCACAUCUGAUGCAAUUAAAAUCUCCCGUGAAGUAGACCCUAAAGGAGAGAGGACAUUUGGUGUCCUGACUAAGAUUGAUCUAAUGGACAAGGGUACUGAUGCUGUUGAUAUAUUGGAAGGAAGAUCAUACAAACUGCAAUUUCCAUGGAUUGGUGUUGUUAAUCGCUCACAAGCUGACAUUAACAAGAGUGUGGACAUGAUUGCUGCUAGGCGUAGAGAGCGAGAGUAUUUUGCAAAUACACCAGAGUAUAAGCGUCUUGCUCAUAGGAUGGGUUCAGAGCAUCUAGGGAAGAUGCUUUCAAAGCAUCUGGAACAAGUGAUCAAAUCUCGAAUCCCAGGCAUCCAGUCUCUUAUAAAUAAAACUAUUGCUGAGCUCGAAGCUGAGCUCCAUCGUCUUGGAAAACCCAUUGCUACGGAUGCUGGUGGGAAACUAUACUCGAUUAUGGAGAUCUGUCGGAUUUUUGAUGGAAUUUACAAAGAGCAUCUCGAUGGCGUGCGCCCAGGUGGUGAAAAGAUCUACAAUGUCUUUGACAGUCAACUCCCUGCAGCUUUGAAGAGGCUGCACUUCGACAAGCAUCUCUCGAUGGAGAAUGUAAGAAAACUUAUCACUGAGGCUGAUGGAUACCAACCUCACUUGAUAGCACCUGAGCAAGGAUACCGCCGUCUUAUUGAAUCUUCCCUGGUCUGUAUUAGAGGUCCUACUGAGGCAGCUGUUGAUGCGGUUCAUGCUAUAUUGAAGGAUCUCGUUCACAAGGCUAUCAAUGAGACUGUGGAGCUGAAGCAGUAUCCUACUCUCCGAGUUGAGGUUGGAAAUGCGGCUUUUGAAUCAUUGGACAGAAUGAGAGAUGAAAGCAAGAAAGCAACCCUUAAGCUAGUUGACAUGGAAUGCAGUUAUCUGACUGUAGAUUUCUUCCGAAAGCUUCCUCAAGAUAUUGAGAAGGGGGGAAAUCCAACACAUUCCAUUUUUGAUAGAUAUAAUGAUUCAUACCUCAGACGAAUAGGAACUACUGUUUUGGCAUACGUAAAUAUGGUUUGCGCAAGCUUGCGAAACUCCAUCCCAAAAUCUAUUGUUUAUUGUCAAGUACGGGAGGCCAAACGCUCCUUGCUCGAUCAUUUCUUUACAGAGUUGGGAACGAAAGAGUUCAUUUCCACAUGUGAUCCGUUGCUUGAUGAUAUUAUGGCUGAUUACUAUUGGAGAUAUUAAGAAUGAUGCAUGUAGUGAAAGGUCAGUUUGUUCACUGGUAGAGGAACCCCUCCUGUUUGGUGUGUUGGAUCAAAUCACAUGGUUGUGAAUGUGUCUGAGUUAAAAUGGUAUUCUAUGCUAAUUGCUUCGAUGUGCCAUCAAUCAUGAUUGUAUGGAUUAUAUUCCAUUAAAAUAUACUCUUUUUUUGGUAGGAAAUCAAGAUAUACUUUUUUCAGUUUAAAUGCUUUUCUUUCUUUUAGUUAUUAAUUAGAGUGGUUACGUAAUUUCAUUAGAAGCGAGGUUUUAUAGAAAGGAAGCAUGAGCUCACAUGCAAAUGUUUGGUCACACUUGUUGCUUAUGUAUGCAUAGUAGAGAUUAUGAGGUGUAAAACACUCGUAGAAAUUUUUCAUUGCAUGCUAUUACAAUUGCAUGCUCUUACAGUAGAUGAGAAGGUGGGACCUGCACAUGAACACAUUGAGAGGGUAGUAUUAUUCAUAGGACAUGUGCCAGCCAAAGCAUCUUGCACCAGGAUGUUUCCAGGAAGGCACUAGUUUCAUAUUGUUUUGCUUUGUUUUAAAACUAAUUUUGCUAUAAAUUAGAAAGCUGCUUGUCUGCUUUGUUGUUGGAUUUAAUGAAGUCUUCGGUAGUAUGUUGUAAUGCUCGGUGCUAUCAAAUCGUAGUUUCUCUUAUUAUGACUAAAUUGGAUAUUCUGCUUUAUGGGAAAACCAAGCUAGUUGUCAGAAGCUACUUUAUGAACCCAUGGUAGAUGGUAGCAGCGCUGCACCCCCACGUUGUGUCCAUGUUGAUUUGAUUGCUUAGUUCCAACUACUGGCCCAUGUUAGUACUUGUUUCUUCUUCUCUGCAUUUUUUUACUUACAGGCGGCCAAAGAAAAUAUAUCCUGCCUUCUUGUUCUUGAUCUGUUAACAUUGUGGAAAUCUAUAAAUAAAUUUUAUAAUAAUUUCCAAUUACCAUCAUUAACUAACCAAGUGUGACCAUUGUGCUGUGCAUGGUGUGAUAUCUUUUACCAAAUAUACUUCUGAUGAUUCAAAAUUUUAAA